AGUCGCCACAGGAUGAAAAUGAAAUGAACGAUCUGACCUCCUCAGGUUUUACUGCAGCCCCGACCUUGGGGGUUGCUGACUCCAGGACCUUUGAGCCAUUUGAAGACCACAGUGUCAGAGAAACCCUUGUGCCAGCCCAAACGUUUCUGCAAGGACACAGUGACACCCGGCAGCUAGUGAGCAAUUUAAGCACACAAGCCCACCCGCGGGUGAGACAGGGUUCACAGGAGGAUGCUCAGACGGUGCGGAAAGAACGCGUGCUAGACAGAGACCCUGCAAACUUUGGAAAUCCUGAGAAUCGCAGGCAGGGCCAGGUAUCUUCCACCCUGCUAGACGCUGCCCUGGAGGUGAUGAGCAAUGUCACCGCCUGGAAGCAUCCCAAGGAAACCACGCGAUUGGACGAGGCUGCCACCACGGUCGCCAUGCUGGCACCCACCCAGAGAAGCCCUGCUCCAUCAGCGCCGACCACUCACCCUUCUCGAAGGAGACCCCAGGGCAAGAAGCGGGUGCGCACGCACCGAUUACGACAGCGGCAGAAACAACCCCCGCCCACGACGUUGGCCCCAGUGGAGACUUUUUCUACUCCACCCACUCGAGUACCAGAAGGGGCGGUUCCAAAGCAGGGGGACAGCUUGCCGGUCCCCACGCCUUGGCUGGAGAGCACUGUCCAUACCCCUCCGCAGCUGGACGCGCAGAGGCCCUCGGAGCCCGUACCCAAGGAGCCCCCGCGCAAGAAGCACGGGAAGCGGCCGAACAAACAUCGCUACGUGACAGCGACUGCGAGCCCCACGGCGUCUGUGUCCCCAACCAGCCCUUUCCCAGAAAAUAAAGGCGUUCCUACCCCCACUUCACAAGCUGUGCUUCCAGCGACAACCGUUUCUCUCCCAACUGUAGACCUGCCUAGAGGAUCGAGAGUGGAAGGUGACAGUACAACCCGCGUAGAAAUCCGCUUCUCCCCAGAUCAGCUGCAGGAGGCAAGUCCACUCACCCACGAGCCUGUACCCCCUGGAAAAGAAGUGGAGAAUCUUGGUGUCGCCAACAUCGAUGACUAUAAAACGGGCAGUCCGCUCCCUGGCGAGUCAGUGGGUCACACGGUGUCACCGUUGGGAGCCACAGUCUCCAGCGGGGGCGAAUUUAAAGAAGCAUCUAAACCUUCUGGCUUCCCAGGAACCCCAGGCUGGAACCCCCCAGGGGCAGCCCAGCCUGAAGAGCUCCUGACCGACCGACCUGCUCCAGGAUCUUCGGAAGCUGUUACGGACUCACCCUUCUUCCAAGAGGGGGAGGGCCCAGGGUUUCCUUCAGAGUUUGCACCUUCGGUUGCCGUGUCUACAAUGUUGCAGCCGGAAGAAUGGGUUCCUUCGCCGACGCUCCCGGGCCUCAAAGUCGAAGCGUCUUCAAGUCCAGCGGAAACCAGCAUCAGUGAUCAGAGCGAUCACGCAGCCCGUCCAGCUACCCUCCGUCCUGAAGGUGGACCUCAGCCUCGGAUCUCUCCACCUGUCCCCGUGCGGGAGCCUGCCUCCCCCCUCCCGCCCACCACCACUCUCGCGUCCCUGGCACACACCACGGCACAGCCCGCGCCUCUUACAUCUAAAACAUCGCCAGCAUCAAGCACGUCCAAAGAAAACCUUCUCUCCGGCGAUGGGAGGACCCCAGAGACCACAACGCCGUCGGUGAAGAAGCAGGGAACGCAGCCUACGGGGAAACCAGAUCGGGUAUCCACACCCUCUCCCGUCCUGGACAAAUGGAAUGUCACCCCUAAGCCAGUGUCCGGAAAGGAAGCCCCGGAUGGCAGAACCGAAAGCCUUCUUCCCCGGCUCCCGGAGAGCCGCCAGGAGGCUGGCAGAGCCCAGGUUUUCCAGCCACCCCCCCGAGUCCCCACCAAACCGGUCUCAUCAAGAGAGACGGUGAGGCCACCGCAGACCACACAAAGCUCCCUGAGAUACUUUGUAACUUUCCAGCCCCCUCGUCACACGACCAACAGACCGGAAACGACGGCGCAUCCGUCCAGGGUUCCGCUGACGAAUGAACGCUUCACGACGCCCACGUUACCAGGUCCGACCUCUCCUGUGGUUCCGCUGCACGGGUCCAAACCCAGCGCUCCCGGUACCACCACCCGAGGCCCGCACCGAGCCCACGGCAGCUCCACAUCGCCAGGCGAUAACCACCUCCCGGACCUAAGAGCCCCCGCUGGCAAGCUGCCCCAUCCCAGAGCCCCUCCUGCCAGUGGGAGGCUCCCUUUCUUCCUCAACAGAACCCUCUCUUUCCCACCGUUGGGAGCUACCCCCAAGCCCCCGACACCCGCCUCGCCUGCACUGGUGACGAGAGACCAAAAAGUCAACCCAGGUCCCUCCCAUAGGAUUCAUUCCCAGAGCAUCGCUCAGGUGGACCUCGGUCCUCCGGCGCCUCCGCUGUUGCCCGCUCCCCGGACCACAGCGCCCCCGUCCACGAACGUCCGGAACCUUCCUGCGGUCUUCUCCACCCGGAGCUCCGUCCCUUCCCUGACGCCUUCCGCCCAGCCCUCCAGAAGCGUCCAUCACAGCAGCCUCAAGCUCUUCUCUGCUGCAGGACCACCCGCAUCCAAAUUCUGGACCCUGGGGGAGAAGCCCCACAUCGUCACCAAGUCUCCUCCCUCUGUGACUGUCACCGCGGAGACAGACGUUGUGUUCCCUUGUGAGGCAACAGGCCAACCCCAGCCUUUUGUGACCUGGACAAAGGUGUCCACAGGCGCUCUCAUGACCCCAAACACCAGAGUGCAGCGGUUUGAAGUCCUGAAGAAUGGCACUUUCGUCAUCCGAAACGUGCAGGUGCAGGACGGGGGCCAGUACAUGUGCACCGCCAAAAACCUGCACGGAGCCGACAGGAUGGUGGUCCUGCUGACCGUGGCCGUGCAGCAGCCCCAGAUCCUGGCGUCCCACUACGAGGAUGUCACCGUCUACCUGGGGGAUACCAUUGCCAUGGAGUGCCUGGCCAAGGGGACCCCCGCCCCCCAGAUCUCCUGGAUUUUCCCCGACAGGAGGGUGUGGCAGGCCGUGUCCCCCGUGGAAGGCAGGAUCACGCUGCACGAAAACCGGACCCUGUCCAUCAAAGAGGCGUCCUUCUCGGACAGAGGCGUGUACAAGUGCGUGGCCAGCAACGCAGCGGGCGCGGACAGCCUGGCCAUCCGCCUGCACGUGGCGGCCCUGCCCCCGGUCAUCCAGCAGGAGAAGCUGGAGAACAUCUCGGUGCCGCCCGGGCUCAGCAUCCACAUCCACUGCACCGCCAAGGCGGCGCCGCUGCCCAGCGUGCGCUGGGUGCUGUGGGACGGGACGCAGAUCCGCCCCUCCCAGUUCCUCCACGGCAACCUCUUCGUCUUCCCCAACGGCACCCUCUACAUCCGCAACCUGGCGCCCAAGGACAGCGGGCGCUACGAGUGCGUGGCCGCCAACCUGGUGGGCUCGGCGCGGAGGGCGGUGCAGCUCUCGGUGAUGCGCGCGGCCGCCAACGCGCGCAUCACCGGCACGUCGCCGCAGAGAACCGACGUCCGCUAUGGGGGGACCCUCCGGCUGGACUGCAGCGCCUCGGGGGACCCCUGGCCGCGCAUCCUCUGGAGACUCCCUUCCAAGAGGAUGAUCGACGCGCUUUUCAGCUUUGACACCAGGAUGAAGGUCUUUGCCAAUGGGACCCUGCUGGUGAAAUCUGUCACCGACAAGGACGCAGGCGAUUACCUGUGCAUCGCCCGGAAUAAGGUAGGGGACGACUUCGUCAUGCUGCAGGUCAACGUGGUCAUGAGACCAGCCAAGAUCGAGCACAAAGAGGAGAAUGACCACAGGGUCUUCUACGGGGGCGACCUCAAGGUCGACUGCGUGGCCACCGGGCUUCCCAACCCCGAGAUCUCCUGGAGCCUCCCCGACGGGAGCCUGGUCAACUCCUUCAUGCAGUCCGAUGACGGCGGCGGGCGCGCCAAGCGCUACGUGGUUUUCAACAAUGGGACGCUCUACUUUAACGAGGUCGGAAUGCGCGAGGAGGGGGACUACACCUGCGUGGCCGAAAACCAGGUUGGCAAGGAUGAGAUGACCGUGCACGUGAAGGUGGUGACCGAGCCCCCCGCCAUCCGCAACAAGACGUACUCCGUGGUCCAGGUCCCCUACGGGGAUGUGGUCACCGUGGCCUGUGAGGCCAAAGGGGAGCCCACACCCAGGGUGACGUGGCUCUCGCCCACCAACCGGCUGAUCCCCGCCUCCUCGGAGAAGUACCAGAUAUAUCCAGAUGGCACGCUGCUGAUCCAGAAAGCCCAGCGCUCGGACAGCGGCAACUACACCUGUGUGGUCAGGAACAGUGCGGGAGAGGACCGGAAGAUGGUCUGGAUCCUCGUCCAUGUGCAGGCGCCCAGGAUCAACGGGAACCCCGACGCCAUCACCACGGUGCGGGAGAUCGCCCCGGUAGGCAGUCGGAAACUCAUUGACUGCCAAGCAGAAGGCACCCCCAUGCCGAGGGUCUUGUGGGCUUUCCCUGAGGGUGUGGUCCUACCCGCCCCUUACCAUGGCAACCGGAUCACCAUCCAUGGCAACGGGACCCUGGACAUCCGGCGUCUGCGGAAGAGUGAUUCAGUCCAGCUGGUGUGUAUCGGGCGCAAUGAAGGUGGGGAGGCCAGGCUGAUUGUCCAGCUUACUGUCCUGGAACCCGUGGAAAAGCCCAUCUUCCACGACCCAGUCAGCGAGAAGAUCACCGCCAUGGCCGGACACACCAUCAGUCUCAACUGCUCUGCAGCCGGGACCCCGACGCCCACCCUGCUCUGGGUCCUCCCCAACCGGACAGAGCUCCGGAGCGGCCAGCAGCUGCAGCGGUUCUACCACAAGGGCGACGGCAAGCUCCACAUCAGUGACCUUUCAUCCGUGGACGCGGGGGCUUACCGCUGCGUGGCCAGGAACUCGGCGGGCUACACAGAGAGGCUGGUCUCCCUGAAGGUGGGGCUGAAGCCUGAGACCAGCAACCGGUACCACAACCUCAUCAGCAUCAUCAACGGAGAGACCCUGCACCUGCCCUGCGCACCCCCGGGGGGCCGGCAGGUGCGGUCCUCUUGGACGCUGCCCAAUGGCCUGGUUUUAGAGGGCCCCCAGGCCCGGGGACGCUUCACCCUGUGGGAGAACGGCACCCUCACCGUGCGGGACGCCUCGGUGUUUGACAGGGGGACCUACGUGUGCAAGGCAGACACGGAGUAUGGCCCCUCGGUCGCGAAUGUUCCAGUGAUUGUGAUCGCCUACCCUCCCCGCAUCACCAGCGAGCCCACGCCCGUCAUCUACACUCGGCCUGGGAACAUGGUGAAGCUUAACUGUAUGGUCAUGGCCAUUCCCAAAGCCGAGAUAACAUGGGAGCUGCCGGAUAAGUCCCUUCUGAUGGCAGGAACCCAGCCCCGUCUCUACGGGCACAGGUUCCUCCACCCACAGGGAUCGUUAACCAUCCAGCAGGCCACCCAGAGGGAUGCCGGCUUCUACAAGUGCUCUGCGAAAAACAUCCUGGGCAGUGACUCCAAAACAACGUACAUCCACGUCUACUGAGACGCCAGGCGGAGAACACAGACUCUGUGGUGCUUGCUUAGGGAGUUGGAACCAAGCCUCCUUUGGAAGGAAAGCUGGGGCUGGAGAGUUGGAGCUUUACAAGGAUUCGUCCUAAGAGGUGGUGGCUCUCCUUCUUGGCUUUCAGGCUUGCCUUGACCUUGACCUAAGCUUGUUGAGGAAAGGAAGCAAGACAGACACUGGAGGGAGGGGUCAGCCUCUCUGGUGUGUGUGUGUGUGUAUGUGGUGGAGGGGUGUUGGGGGGAGACUUUUUUUCAUGUUUACAAAACACCAUAUGCUCUUGCCUUGUCUUUCACCAGACUUGAGCACAAACCAAAAUUUCUGGGUUGGCCUCAACCACCCUGACACCUGAAGGAGUAUCUGGAUGGUGUCCAAGGCAUAUUUGCCAAAAAUAAGCUGUACACAUGCACAGUGCCUUCCUGCCACACCCCCCGACACACACACACACUGGUUAACCUGUCACAGUUUUCACAUGAUAGAAUGUUCUAGAAUGAGUCCCCAUCUUUCCGUUAUUCCCUCUGUCACUUCACCACGCCAGCUUGCCACCUUCCCCCCACCCCCAACCAAGGGCUGAGAACCAAAGUGAUUGAUUUUAUUUUAUUUUGUUCACAUACAAGUUUGAUACAGCACAGCUCCCAUUUUAUAGGGAAGAUUACGUUCUCCCUGGAAUUCACUUUUUUAUAUAAUGUUUUAUUAUAUAUAUAUUUUUUCUUUCUAGUCAGACAGUGAGAGUAGAAAGAGAAAGACAUCCUUUCUGUCUCUUUUAAAAGAAUAAAUUAUUGGUCUUUGCAAGACUUGGAUACAUUAGGGCAGGCGUGGAAAUGUAAUUAAAAAAAUACUUUCUUCCCCAACUUCCUUCCAAUCCAUUAAGCACUAUUAUAUUACCUUUCCCAGGAACCCACCAGUGGGGGAGGCUUAGAUAUUGGAUUUCUUUGUCUUAUCCCAUGGGAGCUGUGGUGGGGGAGAUGACAGGAAAGGAAGAAGAGAGCUAAGUCGUGACCCCACAGAAUAAAUCCGUAAUCUUCCUGAGAAACCCAGAAAUAUCUCCCUUCCUGUCACACUGUGUCCAUAGAAAGAUCUGUUAUUUCCAUGACUGCUUUACUGUAUUUUUAAGGUCAACACAAUGUACAUUUGAUAAUAAAAUAAUAUUUUCCAAAGAA